AUGUCAGCCAGAAAGGGCUAUCUGCUCCCUUCGCCAAAUUAUCCCACAACAAUGUCAUGCUCGGAGAGCCCCGCCGCGAACUCUUUUUUGGUCGACUCGCUCAUCAGCUCCGGCAGAGGCGAGGCUGGCGGCGGUGGCAGCGGCGCCGGGGGCGGCGGUGGCGGCGGCUACUACGCCCACGGCGGGGUCUACCUGCCACCGGCGGCCGACCUGCCCUACGGGCUGCAGAGCUGCGGGCUCUUCCCGGCUCUGGGAGGCAAGCGCAAUGAGGCGGCGUCGCCGGGCGGCGGCGGCGGCAGCGGGGGCCUAGGUCCUGGGGCGCACAGCUACGCGCCCGCGCCUAUAGACCUGUGGCUAGACGCGCCCCGGUCGUGCCGGAUGGAGCAGCCCGAGGGGCCGCCGCCGCCGCCACCGCCCCAGCAACAGCCACCGCCCCCGCCGCAACCACCCCAACCCCCGCCGCAGGCCACCUCGUGCUCUUUCGCGCAGAACAUCAAAGAGGAGAGCUCCUACUGCCUCUACGACUCGGCGGACAAAUGCCCCAAAGGCUCCACCGCCGCAGCCGAGCUGGCUCCCUUCCCGCGAGGCCCGCCGCCCGACGGCUGCUCCCUGAGCACCUCCAGCGGGGUGCCAGUGCCCGGCUACUUCCGCCUCUCCCAGGCCUAUGGCACGGCCAAGGGUUACGGCAGCAGCGGCGGCGCACAGCAGCUCGGCGCCGGCCCGUUCCCCGCUCAGCCCCCCGGGCGCGGCUUCGACCCGCCACCCGCACUCGCCUCCGGCUCAGCGGAUGCAGCCCGGAAAGAGCGAGCCCUCGAUUCACCGCCGCCCCCCACGCUGACUUGCGGUGGCGGCGGCGGGGGCUCGCAGGGCGACGAGGAGGCGCACGCGUCGUCCUCGGCCGCGGAGGAGCUCUCCCCAGCCCCUUCCGAAAGCAGCAAAGCCUCGCCCGAGAAGGACUCCCUGGGCAAUUCCAAAGGCGAAAACGCAGCCAACUGGCUCACAGCAAAGAGCGGCAGGAAGAAGCGCUGCCCUUACACCAAGCACCAGACGCUGGAGCUGGAGAAGGAGUUUCUGUUCAACAUGUACCUUACUCGAGAGCGGCGCCUAGAGAUCAGCCGCAGCGUCCACCUCACGGACAGACAAGUUAAAAUCUGGUUUCAGAACCGCAGGAUGAAACUGAAGAAAAUGAACCGAGAAAACCGGAUCCGGGAGCUCACAGCCAAUUUUAAUUUUUCCUGAUGAAGCUCCAGGCAACGCCGUUUUUUUUUCCCCGCUGCCAGAGAGCCGUUCUCCUCCCUCUGUCUUCGGCCUCUGCCCAGGAACUCGCACCUGUGCCGGAGCCCCAUUCCUCCCUCCCACACUCGCCAUCUCGCUGGCCGUUACAUCUGUGCAGGGCUGGUUU